AUGGCGAAGAAGAAGAAGACGCAGUUGAAACCUGUUGCGCGAGGCUUCGCUACGACCUCGGUUCCAAAGAAGGUUGUGGACCAAGCUGAGGAAGUCACGUCUAACUCUGUUGAUGGAGAUAAGGAUGAGGUACCACGACCUUCCGAGGUUGUGGUUCCGGAGACGAGAAAGCCUCUUGCACAAGACGCCGUGAAGCAGUCAGACGAGGACCAGCGGCUGUCCGAUCUGGUGGAUCGCCUCCAAGAGAAGACGGAGAAAGAGAUAACUAGAACCAUCAAAGCAAUAGAGCAGGAUAGACGAUUCUCCGAGACUUUGUCAAGCUUUGAGCUGGAUCCAAACAUCUCUAGUCGUAUUCUGACCUUAGCUAUCGAAACAGAAUGCGACGACUCGUCUAAAGUUAUCUCUGAGCCAGAGGAGAGAGCACUCGCCCGCAUAGCCAUCACGUACGGCGUACUACGGCGGCUGGGCUUUACGGAGGAUAGAGUCGAGCAAUGUCUUAGAGCCAUCCGGGGCGUAGACCUGGAUGAAGCAUACGAAUGGCUCUAUAUUCAUUGUCCUGAAGGUGAACUGGAGACCCGAAAACGUAAAUCAUCAGGCGCAUCGACUCCUAAGCAAAACGGGAUGGAGUCGAGGCUGAAUGCCAGCGCGGCUGAAUUUGUUCCGUCCUUCAAGUCUUCCCCCGCAACUCCGGUCACCUCGGAAUUUGCGUCCUCUCCCGAGCCACGACCAACGUCACUACCCCUGGCGGCUGAAACCGACCGACAAGCUGCCAAGGCACGCAUUCUUGCAUCAUACAGCCACAACGAAGGCUCAGACACUGAGAAAGAUCCGUCGGAGAUUGAUGACCCUAAUCUCGAGUAUGUUCGCCUGAAGCUACAAAUCACAGAUCUGCAGGCACAACGAGGUCAAGGAGGCUUUGACCCUGCCUUCCUGAAUAACCUUCAAUCACGAUUGGAAGAAGUGAAGAAACAUUACUUCUUCGACUUCAAAGACGCAGAGGCACAGUACAGGAUCCAACGUAAGCAGGUGCAAGCGUCCUCUCUUCGUUCAAAAUUGCGUGGAAAGGGCGAUCCAACAGAACCACCUCCAGCAGCGAAAGACCCUCAGGUGGAGAAGGAACACCCCGCGGUUGUUUCAGCAGAGGCAUCCCUUUUGCCGGAAGAUAACACCGAUAUAUUUGGAGGAGACGAAGACGCAGUUGGUGGCGGUGUUUUCGAAAUCCUAGAAAUGCCCACCACGGAAACGAGUGACAAGGGUACUACAAUCCAAGUCCGUGAUAUGGCACUGCCUAAACAUUGGUCUGGUCGGACACCGAAGAGUCUCUUAUCCGAGGUUGUGCUCAAAUCCGAUCGGUAUGCAGCGAUUUCGUACAGCUGCAUAUCCGGGUCUAGUCGAGCCAAGCGUGCUGCGGUAAAUAUCGGCUGGGAGAGGGGAAAGAGUCAGAUCUGGACUAUGGAAGACGUCGCUUGUCACGAUAUGUCGCAGGCGGAGAAUUAUGUCGCAACUGUCGCACUGCAUGGAUUAACUUUUCCAUCGACGGAUGGGUUCGCUGCAGGGGUUCCCGUGACGUCCGUGGGGCGUACUUCCUUUAGACUGUUGCCGGCUACAUUCAGGGAUCUGUGGGAAGAACUCGAGAAUAAGAGGAAGAACAACGACCAUGUCACGAAUCGUCAAGUCUGGGCGAAACUACAAACGAUUCUCCAGCCCAAACUUGCGACGGAGCUCAAGGCCCAAGGUCGUAGCGAGCGUACUCCGACUACAUCCGCACCCACCCUUUAUCGAGACUUGUCAAAUGGAAGUGAAGUCACAUCAGAGCAAAUUAUCGCAGGCUUCAAGGCGAGGCAAGCAAGUCCGGCUUAUCAGGAAAUGCUGCAAUACCGCAAUGGACUACCCGUCGCGCAUUAUCGUGAUGAGAUUGUCUCCGCAUUGGAAUCUUCUCAAGUACUAGUCCUUAGCGGCGAAACUGGAUGUGGCAAGUCUACCCAAGUUCCAACCUUCAUCCUCGAAGAUCAGCUUUCCAGGGGUAAACAUUGCAAAAUUUAUUGUACGGAACCCCGUCGUAUCUCGGCCAUAUCCUUGGCUCAGCGAGUUUCCGCUGAGUUGGGCGACCCGCCUGGCGCAGUCGGCACGCUGAACUCCCUGGUCGGCUACUCGAUUCGACUCGAGAGUAAUACAACCAGGAAUACUCGACUGGCGUUUGUCACGAACGGAAUUGCACUUCGGAUGCUAGAAAGUGGCUCGGGUGCCAACGGAGAAGGCACUGCAUUUGAUGAAAUCACGCAUAUCGUCAUCGAUGAGGUUCACGAGCGGUCGAUAGAGUCUGACUUUCUACUGAUCGUACUGAAAUCCUUGAUUGAACAACGCAGAGACCUCAAAGUGAUCUUGAUGUCUGCAACUGUCGACGCUGAGAAGAUAUCCGACUACUUCGGCGGGUGUCCGACGUUCCACGUGCCCGGACGCACUUUCCCUGUUGAUGUCCGCUAUUUGGAAGACGCGAUAGAAUUCACGAAAUGGACUAUAGAGGAGAGCUCUCCGUAUGCUCGUCGCCGUCAUGACAAGUUUUAUCGUAGCAAAGCGCGCCAAGAUUGGUCGGAAGAUGCAUUGGCUAAUGAUGAAGAUGACGAAGAAGAAGGUCCUACAAACGUCAAGUUGGAAAGGCGAUAUUCGUCUGCGACUGCCGCGACUAUCAAUCUCCUUGACGAGCGUUUAAUUCCCUAUGAGCUCAUCAUACGCUUGUUAGAACGGAUCAGCCUUGAAGACCCACAAUAUCGGGAUUAUUCAGCUGCUAUCCUCGUUUUUAUGCCUGGUCUAGGAGAGAUCAGGCGUCUGAAUGAGCUGUUGGGCGAACAUCCCGUCUUCGGUGCUGCUGAUGAUUUCCAAAUAUUCCCUCUUCAUUCCACGAUUUCCACGGAGAACCAGGGCGCUGUCUUCAAUAUACCUCCCCCAGGGGUGCGAAAAAUCGUAAUCGCAACCAAUAUUGCUGAGACUGGUAUCACCAUACCUGACAUCACCUGCGUAAUCGAUACCGGCAAGCAUAAGGAAAUGAGAUAUGACGAGAAGCGUCAGAUGAGUCGACUGAUAGAGACAUUCAUUGCGAAGAGCAACGCUGCACAAAGGCGAGGUCGUGCUGGUCGUGUUCAAGAAGGCCUGUGCUUCCACCUUUUCACUAAACUGCGUCACGAUACAUUACUCGCUGAACAUCCGCUUCCUGAAAUGCUGCGCUUGAGCCUAUCAGAUCUUGCCUUGCGCAUCAAAAUAAUGAAGAUCAAGUUAGGUUCAUCUAUAGAGGACGUGUUGUCAAGGGCGCUGGAUCCUCCGGCUUCUGUCAACGUACAAAGAGCGAUAGCCGCAUUAGUUGAGGUUCGCGCUUUGACACCGUCGGAAGAGAUCACUCCCAUGGGUCAAUUAUUGAGCAAACUACCCACGGACGUCCAUCUGGGCAAGUUCCUUCUGAUGGCAACGCUUUUCCGCUGCUUGGAUUCUGCGCUCACCAUCGCGGCUACUCUCAACUCCAAAUCGCCAUUCGUUACGCCCUUUGGGCUCGAGCAACAGGCGGACAUGGCGAAACGCUCAUUCCAGACUGACAACUCUGAUUUUUUGACCAUCCAUAACGCUUUCCAAAGCUGGCGAGCCUGCGCUCCUGGAUAUGCGUAUAAGUUUUGCAAGACGAAUUUCUUGAGUCAUCAGAACUUGCAACAAAUAGAAGAACUUCGACAACAAUUCCUCGGAUACCUCGUCGAUUCCGGCUUCAUGCGAGUCGACCGGUCCUUCGUCCGGGAGCUGAGCAGAGCUCGCUAUGGCCGCAACAAGGCGCGCUUCGUCGCCGUCCCACCCGAAUUCAAUUGCAAUGGGCAAAAUACAGCGCUCAUCGGCGCUGCUCUCACUGCAGGGGUCUAUCCGAAGCUCCUGGCCGUCGACCCGAUGAAUGGACAGAUGCGGACCAUUAGCAAUAAUCAGCCUGCUGCCUUCCAUCCCACCUCCGUCAAUUUCGGACGGAACCCGAGAGAUUUUGGCGUGAACUAUCUGCAUUACUUCACGCUGAUGCACAGACUUUACGUCUGGGAGACAGGCCCUGUGGAUGAUGCCGCUAUACUGCUUCUGUGCGGUGAAUGCGACUUUAGGCUCAUCUCUGAUUCGAUAUUCGUGGACAAUCGCAAGAUCAAGUUCCGGGCUUCACCGAAGACAAAUGUGGCACUCAAGGUCCUGCGAAACAACCUGGCCUCCACACUGGCUGCCCAGUUCCGCAGGAAGCCGUUGGUCGAGUCGCAAGUACGUUGGCAAGAACUAGGUCUCGCUAUCUUGGGAAAGAUGAAGCUGGAGGAUGAAGACGCGGAAGGGACUCCACAGACCACGAUUUCUUUAGUCAGUCAUAGAUCUAGUUGA